AUGGCUGCUGGUACAGGUUGUGCUGGAUCAACAUCAAAUACGCUUCAUGAUCCUCGUGGAAUCUUUGUUGACACAGAUCUUAAUUUGUAUGUUGCUGAUUGUACCAACAAUAGAGUGCAAAAAUUCCUAUCACAACAAGUAAAUGGAAUAACGCUAGCAGGAACUGGAGCAACUGGAACUAUUAGUCUUAGCUGUCCUACUGGAAUUGCUCUGGAUGCUGAUAACUACGUAUUCAUUGCGGAUUAUUUUAAUAAUCGUAUUGUUGGAUCAGGACCAAACGGGUUUCGUUGUGUAUUAGGAUGUACAAAUGUUGCUGGUUCAGCAUCUAAUCAAAUAUAUUAUCCAUCCAGUUUAAGUUUCGAUAGUUACGAUUUGACUGCUAAUCAACCAAAUUUGUGUCCAUCUACAACAUGGUAUACAAAUGCUAUUACUGUCGCUAAUAUUACCACCGUUGGUUAUCAACCUUUUGGUCUUUUUAUUAGUACUAGCAAUACUCUCUACGUAGCGGAUAUACAAAACAGUCGCGUUCAAAGGUGGCUAGAAGGAAGUGUGAAUCCUGAUAAAACUAUUUCUGGUGGUUUAUAUCAACCUUUAAGUGUUUUCGCUACAGCUUCGGGCGACAUAUAUGUCGACAAUGGGGUCAGUAAUGGUCGAAUCGAUAAAUGGUCCGUAAAUGCAAAUAGUAGUGUUCCUUUUAUGACAAUUCCCAAUUACUGUGUUAGUAUUUUUAUUGACAUUGAAAAUACUUUGUAUUGUUCAGUACCUAGCAAUAAUCAAGUUGUUAAGAAAUGGUUAUAUGAUAACAUGACUACAUCAACUAUUGUUGCUGGUACGGGUACUGCGGGAUCGGCUGCAAAUAUGCUUAAUGCACCUUAUGGACUCUUUGUUGAUACUGAUAUUAAUUUAUAUGUUGCAGAUUGCUCCAAUAACAGGGUGCAACUUUUUCCUUUAGGGCAGUCAAAUGGAAUAACCGUAGCUGGGAGCGGAGCACCAUCAACUAUUACGCUUAGUUGUCCAAAUGGAAUUACAUUGGAUGCUAAUAGUUAUCUCUUCAUUGUGGAUCAAAACAGUCAUCGAGUUGUUGGAUCAGGACCAUAUGGUUUUCGAUGUUUAUUUGGAUGUACAAGUGUUGCCGGUCCAGCAUCUAGCCAGUUAUAUUAUCCACGAACUCUCAGUUUUGAUAGUUAUGGAAAUAUUUUUAUCGUUGAUCAAUAUAAUUCAAGAAUUCAGAAGUUCAUUGUAGCGUCAAACUCAUGUAGUCUAUCUUAUAGUCAACCAACAUUUUGCUCAAAUGCAAUAUGGUCUCCAAAUGCCGUAACUUUUGCAUCAAGUAGUACAAUUGGUACAUUACCUUAUGGUAUUUUUAUUGAUGGAAUUAAUACUGUAUACAUACCUAAUCGAGUUACUAACACUAUUUUAUCAUGGCCUCAAUGGAGUACUUCAUCAACAAGUAAAAGUUAUACUAAUUUGAGUAAUCCAUUUAGUCUUUUCAUGUCUAUUAAUGGUGAUACUUAUAUUGAUAAUGGUUACUUAUAUGGUCGAGUCGAUAAAUAUACAUUUAAUACAUCAAAUCGCGUUACUGUUAUGAAUAUUAAUGGAAGUUGUUAUGGUUUAUUUAUUGAUAUUAAUAAUAAUCUUUAUUGUUCACUUAAAAAUCUUCAUCAAAUUGUUAAACUCUUACUUAAUAAUGGUACAACCAUCCCGACAAUUGCAGCCGGAAACAGUUCUGCUGGAUCACUAUCAAAUAUGCUUAAUUCUCCUCAAGGCAUCUAUGUUGAUAAUAAUUUAAACCUAUACAUCGCGGACAGUGCUAACAAUCGUAUUCAAUUUGUUCAAGCUGGUCAGUUAGAUGGAGUGACAAUCGUUGGUAAUGGAUCAUCGGCAAAUAUUACACUCAACUAUCCAACUGGAAUUGUCCUUGAUGCUAAUGGUUAUCUUUUUAUUGUCGAUAGUUACAAUCAUCGUAUUAUUGCUUCAAGUUAUUAUGGUUUUCGAUGUAUAGUAGGAUGUUCAGGAGGUGGUUCAUCUGCAUCUCAAUUAUCAUUUCCACAAAGUAUGGCUUUUGAUAGCUAUGGAAAUAUAUAUGUUACUGAUCAAAAUAAUAAUCGAGUGCAACAAUUCGCUCUUCAAAAUAACAGCUGCACAGCAGCAGCAGUACCACAACCAGCACUACUACUACCACCACUAGCAAGACUACAAGCAGUAGCAGUACCACGAGUACCACUACCAGUACCACCAGUAGCACUACUACUACUACAACCAGUACCACAAGUAGCACUACCACUAGCAGUACUACUACGAGCAGUAGCAGUACCACCAGCAGCACGACUACUACGACCACCAGUACGACAAGUAGUACUACCACUACCACCACCAGUACCACAAGCAGCAGUACUACAAGUAGUACCACUACUACCACCAGUAGUACCACUACGAGCAGUAGCAGCACUACAAGUAGCAGCACGACGAGUAGUAGCAGUACAUCAAGUAGCACGACCACGAGCAGCAGCAGUACCUCAAGUAGCACUACUACUACGACCACCAGUACCAGUACCACUACGAGCAGCAGUAGUACCACAAGUAGCACUACUACUACCACUAGUACUACAACAAGUAGCAGCAGUACCACAAGUAGCACUACUACCACGACCACCACUAGUAGUACCACUACGAGCAGUAGCAGUACCACAAGUAGCAGUACAACGAGUAGUAGCAGUACUUCAAGUAGUACUACCACGAGCAGCAGCAGUACCUCAAGUAGCACUACUACUACCACUACCACCACAAGUACUACAACAAGUAGCAGUAGUACUUCAAGUAGCACUACUACUACUACUAGCACUACAACAAGUAGCAGCAGUACCACAAGUAGCAGUACAACGAGUAGUAGCAGUACUUCAAGUAGUACUACCACGAGCAGCACUAGUACUUCAAGUAGCACAAUUACCACGACCACCAGUACUAGUACCACUACGAGCAGCAGUAGUACUUCAAGUAGCAGCACUACUACAACCACCACCAGUAGUACCACAAGUAGCACUACCACUACCACUAGUGCUACAACAAGUAGCAGCAGCACUACAAGUAGCACCACUACCACGACCACCAGUACCACGACCACCAGUACCAGUACCACCACGAGCAGUAGCAGCACCACCAGUAGCAGUACUUCAAGUAGUACUACCACCACCACUAGUAGUACAUCAAGUAGCACCACUACAAGCAGCAGCAGCACCUCAAGUACUACUAUUACUACCACCACCACCAGUAGUACCACUACGAGCAGUAGCAGCACCACAAGUAGCAGUACAACGAGCAGUAGUAGUACCACAAGUAGUACUACCACUACCACUAGCAGUACUUCAAGUAGCACGACAUCCAUUACAACUCCUCAAGGAUCAAGUAUCCAUCAAAGUUGCUAUUCGCCGACGAUUACAUUGA